AUGCACACCCAAGGUAGCAUAGACAACCCAGACUGGACCGUGAAGCCGCCUUUCCUCCUAGCUGCUAAGGUGGCCACCGCUGCAGCUGGGGAAAGUCAGGCGAGAGCGUCGUCCCGUCGUGAGGCCGAGCGAACGCCAGCCAGGGGCACAGGAAUCAGCGUCAUAGAACAGCCAUCAGAGCAACUGCUGACGGAGCAGGCGCCGAACACUCUGCCAGAAUUGGUCCGGAGGUCAGAACAGCCCCAAAGCAGCAACACAGCAAGCACCCGGGUGCCAGGCUCCACCCAGGCAUAUGCCAGGACAGAGGAGCUGAGCUGCCUUACUCCCGAGCAGAGGACCCUCUACCGGGAAGUAAUGCUAGAGAACUACCAGAACCUCAUCUCUAUAGGAGAGGCUUCUGCUGACAACCCACCAGCACUGCCUCAGGACAGCCAGAAACAACCCAUGCUGAGUGUUGGGACCAUGAGUAGCCCCAAGGCCUUUGCUCAAGAAAGAAGCCAUGGCACUGAUGAGUCUGAGAGAGCCUCUGAUGUUACCCAGCAGUCAGCGAGCCUCCCAAGAAAGGGUCUGCAGGAGUGUGCUCCUCCUGUAAUUAGUGCCAGGCCCCUGCCCUCGGAACACAGAUGUAAAGUGUGCAAGCGAACUUUCAACUCCCGGGUGGCUCUUGUAAGACAUGAACCGAUCCAUACUGGGGUGAAGCCCUUCAAGUGCAAGCAGUGUGGCAAGGCAUUCUUCCUCAUGCCACACCUCACUAGACAUCAGAAGACUCACUCUACAGGCAGCAAGAGGGGAAAUCUUCGCAUCCCACGCAUGGAGCUCUGUGAACCUGGAAGAGCUGACAGCCAGGAGGACUACCACGAAUGUCCACAGUGUGGCAAAGCUUUCGUCCAGGAGACUCAUCUUGUCCAACAUCUUGAAGCUCACGAGAAGGCAAAGGCUCAGCCUCCUGCAUUGCCCUGCUACAAGGCAUAUUUAAUUCACUAUCAGCCGAAGAAGAAGCCUGCAAAAGACCAAGUCCACAAGUGCUGUGACUGUGGCAAAGUCUUCAGUCGACGUUCCCACCUCAUCCAGCACUACCAGACUCACAAGGAUGACCGGGUCUACCAGUGCCGGCUCUGUGGACGGUGCUUCAGCCUGGCCUCCUUCCUCACGCAACACUAUCUGCUCCAUUUUGAAGAGGAAACGCUUAGUUGUGAUCACAGUUGA